AUGGCACCGGCCGAAACUAAACAAACAAACAACGAAAACCAGAAGAAGAACAGAAUUCAAGUGUCGAACACGAAGAAACCUCUGUUUUUCUACGUCAAUCUUGCAAAGAGGUACUUGCAACAGCAUAAUGAGAUUGAGCUUUCUGCUUUGGGCAUGGCAAUCACCACAGUUGUCACUAUUGCUGAAAUUUUGAAGAACAAUGGAUUUGCCAAAGAGAAGAGUAUCAUGACAUCUACUGUUGGGAUGAAAGAUCAAGACAAGGGUCGAGUAGUGAACAAAGCCAGGAUCGAAAUCAUGCUCGAGAAAUCUGAAAAAUUCGACUCCCUAAUGAACACGAGUCAUGCUGCGCAAAACGCGUCUGCUAAGGAGAAAGUUGAUGCCAAUGGAAAAGUUGAAGCCAAUGGAAAAGUUGCUGCAGAUGAAAAAGUUGAAAAGUAG